CUUUCCUUCUCUGCGCCCGAAGCGCCCUGACGCGACGCGACUGAGGCGGGGCUGCUGGAGGCGGACGGCGCGCCUGCAAACAGGGACCGGAGGGGCUUGUCCGGGAUGGUAGCGCUUCCGUGGCCUCCGAGCGGUAAGCGCCGUGGAGGCGAGGCGGCUGCCUGCGGCGGCGACUGUACGUGCGUAAUGCAGCUGCCCGCGGGAGGAACGGGAGACUAGCCUGCCCGGCAGCGCGCGCGCCUCCCUCCCGAGCCCUCCGAAUCCGCGGAGCUCCGUUGCGCCACGCGUGGGCGGCGUUCUGGCACUCUGGCCCCUGCGCGCCCGGGAGAGACGAUGAGCCGGGCCCUGCUGCCGCUUCUCGUGACCUGCGGCUUGCUGGGGAUGCGGCCCCUGCCCGCCCAGUGCCAGGAGGCCCAGACCCCCGACUGGAGGAUGACGCUGAAGACCAUCAGGAACGGCGUCCACAAGAUCGACACUUACCUGAAUGCUGCUUUGGAUCUCCUGGGAGGAGAGGAUGGGCUCUGUCAGUAUAAGUGCAGCGAUGGAUAUAAGCCUUUACCUCGCUAUGGCUAUAAGCCUUCGCCACCCAAUGGCUGCGGUUCUCCUCUUUUUGGAGUUCACUUUGACAUUGGCAUUCCUUCAAUGACAAAAUGCUGCAAUCAACAUGACAGGUGUUACGAUACCUGUGGCAACAAAAAACACGAUUGCGACGAGGAGUUUCAAUAUUGCCUCUCUAAGAUCUGUAGAGAUGUACAGAAGACACUGGGAAUACCAGAGAGCGUACAAGCGUGUGAAUCAACAGUUCAACUAGUGUUUGACGCAGUCAUACAUUUAGGAUGCAAGCCAUACCUUGACAGUCAAAGAGCAGCAUGUAUGUGUCGGUAUGAAGACAAGACAGACCUUUAAGAGAGAAGCUUUCGACCUGGUUCAGUUCAUCUGUAUUGUGAGAGCCCUUUUGUUGUUACAAAGCUGUUCAAAGCAUACAGUCGGAGCGUCAAGCUGGUCUACACUUCUGUAGAAGACACUAGUUUUUUUAUAUAGCACUUCUUCCCUCUGUCACCUUUGCAUCCUUAAUCUUUAAGGAUCUUUUGCAUACAACUUUGAAAGCGAAAAUUGCAAUUUUGGCAACUGGCCUCGGAGUGCUACCUCUACGUGAGUUUUUCCUCUUGAGGGGAUUGUGGAUGCUGCUCUUAAACUGAUAGAGGUGAACACCCGUAACUAUUGCAUGGGGUAAAAAGUAGGUCAAACUUUGGUCUUACCAGCAUUUGGCAUCUCCUCAGAGCCUUGCUUUAUGGACAGAAGGGAAAUGCCUUAAAAAUGUAUGGGUUUUGUUUGCAAUCUUAUGCUGCUGUUAUAGUGGAAUAUUCCCUUGAGUAGAUAUUCUGUUUCUGCUUCUGUAGUUCAGUCCUGUGUGUGUUCAGUUAAUUAAUGAACCUUAUGUAUGUUCAAUUAAGUCUCACUAUUCACUGAGGCUUACCACUUAGUAAGUAUAUUUAGAUUUUUCAGCCUUACGCAGCAAUCCUCUGCGUGCUUACCUAGGAGUAAGCCCCUUUAAAAACAGUGGAGCUUACUCCCCCCCCCCCCGAGAA